AUGAACCAAGUUAUACCAAAUGAUGUUUCAUCAGUUUCAUUAAAAUUACAAUCCGUUGAUGAUGGAAAUGAGUAUACUUCAUCAAUAAGAUCUUCAUCAAACUCACUAUAUCCAUAUUUUAAUAAUAGUAAUGAAAAUUUAUCAACAUUAUAUUAUAGUCAUGGACAACAACAACAACAACAACAACAACAACAACAACAGCAACAACAACAAAAUAAUCAAAAUCAUUUAUAUACACAAUUACAACAAUUACAACAAAUACAACAAUUUCAACAACAGGUACAAUCAAAUAAUGAACCAUUAAUAUUAAAUAUAGGUGGUUUCAAAUUUUGUACUACAAAAGGAACCUUAACAAAUCAAAAAAAUAAUUACUUUGAUAUAUUAUUCUCUGGUAAUUAUAAUGUAAAUGUAAUCAAAACUCCAAAUAAACCUGAUACUUAUUUUAUUGAUAGAGAUGGUACACAUUUUAGAAUUAUUUUAAAUUUUUUAAGAGGUGAUUGUUCAAAUAUUCCAGAGUGUGAACAAAUUAGAAAUGAAUUAUAUGUUGAAGCAGAUUUUUAUUGUUUAUCAGGUUUAAAAGAAUUGUUAUAUCCAUAUCAUUUUUAUCAAUCAAAAAUUUUAUCUGUUGAAUUAUCAAAAGAUUUAAUUAGAUUAUUAAAAUCAAAAUUACAAAUUAAAAAAACAAGAUUAUUAUAUAGAGGAUCAGAUAAUGAUUUUUCAUCAAAGAGAUUUCAUGAAUUAUGUGAUUUUAAAGGAUCCACAAUUACAAUUAUUAGAUCAAAGGAUUGUAUAUUUGGAGGAUAUGCAAGUCGUAAUUGGACAUUGUCUACCCAAUAUACUCAAGAUGAUAAAUCAUUUUUAUUUGAUUUGGCAAAUAUACCACCAUCAAUUAUAAAAAAAGAAGAAGGUUCAUCAAGUCAAUCAAUUUAUUCAAACAUUAAUUAUGGUCCAACUUUUGGUAUAUUGGGUAAAAAUUUAACAAUUUCAAAUAAUUGUAAUAUAAAUAAAGAGAAUUUCUUUGAAUCUUAUUAUGAUAGUAAAGGAAAAGGUAAAAGAUAUUUUCAAGUUGAUGAAUAUGAAGUUUUUAAAAUUGAAUGUUAA